ACUUCCGCCCUCCUCCUCUUCCUCCCCAUUCGUCGUCUUCGUUUCAAACUCUUCCACCGUCUCUCUCUCUCUCUUUUCCUCCCUGUUUCUCUCUCCCCAACGGAAAGAUGCGACGGAGUUUGAGGACGUUUCUUUUUCCCGCCGCCAUCUCCGUCGCUCUCCUCUGCUCCUUCUACGUCCACCUCUUCCGCGACCUCAUCCCCUUCGCCGACGACGACGGCGCUCCGGCAACGGCCUUCUCCCACGACGCCGCCUUCAACGCCACGCUCACCCACCCCCUCGUCCACCACCACCACCUCGCCGUCCGCGAGCUCCCCCGCUACCAUCCCCGCCGCCUCCCCCCUUCCCCGCCGGAGUCCAUCCUCUUCCCCGACUGGGGAGACCCUCCUCCUCCUCCCCCCUCCCCCUCCCCUCCGCCUUCGCCGAUCAUCGCAACCUCUCCUGCCUCUUCCACAACCGCGCCGUCUCCCCUGCCGGCUUCGUCGGAACCCUCCCCACCUCCCCCGCCCGUGCCGCCUUCCGCUGCCCGAUUCCCAACAGCAUCCGCCGCCUCCGCCCCUUCUACACACCCCGCCUCACCGACCCCACCACCGACUCCGAAUCCGACGGCUACGAUCCCCCAUCCGAGAUGCUCCGGUGGACCCGCCUCGCCUACGAGGCCGUCUCCACCCCCACCGACGUCGUCGUCUUCGCCAAGGGCGUCAACAUCCGCCGGGACGUCAACCGCCCCGCCUCUGACCUCCGCUGCCUCUUCUCCUCCUCCGUCGCCGCCGCCGCCGCCGCCCCCUUCGCCGCCACCCCCGUUACCAGCUCCGCCCAGGAGGUGUUCCGCUGCCCCCACCCCCCGGCCGCGAUCACAAGUACCGACGAGGUCCUCCGCGUCUCCCUCGAGAUCGCGGCCAAGGGCACCCAAAUCCCCUCUCUGGCCAAUUACCACCGGCCACGUGCCCCCCCGCGCACAACCCAUGACCGCUCGCUAAUCUGCGCCUGCACCAUGGUCCACAACGUCGCCAAAUUCCUCGCCGAGUGGGUCGUCUAUCACUCGGCGAUCGGCGUCGAGCGCUUCUUCCUCUACGACAACGGCAGCGAUGAUGACCUGAACUCGGUGGUGAACCGGCUCGGCUCGGACGGGUUCAACGUCUCGACCCGCUUCUGGCCAUGGCCCAAGACCCAGGAGGCCGGCUUCUCCCACUGCGCCGCCAUGAACCGGGACACCUGCACCUGGAUGGCCUUCAUCGACGUGGACGAGUUCAUCUUCUCCCAGUCCUGGGCCGGUUCGGAUGCCCCAAACCUGACCAUGUUGGGUUCGCUCGUGGCGGUCCGACCGGACGUGGGGCAGGUCUCAAUGCGGUGCUUUGAGUUCGGGCCGUCAGGCCGGCGGGCGCACCCGAGAGAGGGCGUGACGCAGGGUUACACCUGUCGGCGGAGGACGGAGGAGCGGCACAAGUCGAUGGUCCGACUCGACGCGGUGCACGACUCGCUGUUUAACUCGGUCCACCAUUUCGGAUUGAAAACCGGAUUCAAUACGAGGUGGACCAAAGGUUCGGGGGCCAGGGUGUACCACUAUAAGUACCAGGCGUGGGAGGAGUUUAAAGUGAAGUUUAGAAGGAGAGUAUCGGCUUACGUGGUGGACUGGAAGGAAUCGGUGAACCCGAGUUCCAAGGACCGGACCCCCGGUCUGGGGUUCGAGCCGGUCGAACCGAAGGGGUGGGCCCAUAGGUUCUGUGAGGUGAAUGAUACCCGGCUCAGGGAGGUGAAUCGGAGGUGGUUCGGACUGGAGGGGCCGGACGGAGAGUAUAGGAUGGCGUGGGAGUAGGGAAGGAUGAGAGAGAAGAGAGAUGGUUUUUUGGUUUUUUAGUGGGUGGGAGGGGGGGUGUCCGGAAAGAGGGAAAGAUAGACUUAUUUUUUUCAAAAAAUAAUAAUGAUUGGAUAAAUUAAAUUAGGGAGACAACAAAAAAGAUAGGUGUUAUACAGAAUUUUUUUGUUUUGUUUUGUUUUACACGAUUACACUUGAUGUUUGUAAAAAGAAUUAUUCAUUGUUGUAAAAAGCGUGCACGGAUAUUAGUUUUAUUUACUUCUCAUUUUCUCUGGGCUUAAUGGCUGAUGUAUGUCAUGGAAGGGUAAUUAUACAAAACACAUGAACGAUUUGUCCAUGGAGGAUAUUCUAUGUAUGUCGCUACAAUGUUUAUG